AUUCACAACCCUGUCAAUACAAAAUGUUGGAAUACGCCGUCCUCUCGACUGACUCAGUUGAAUGAGCUACAAGUACUCCCCUGAUCUGUUCAUGGUUUAUGCAGACCAAGUCAGGGACGGACGGUUCCAUAUGAUGCUCAACAAUUUGGCUAUUUGUAUGUUGCACCCAGGUUCAAUCUCUUGCAUUGCAGAGAAUCUUGUCCAUUUGUUUUAAAGACUGGGUAGACGUUACAAAGAUCCGAUCGACUCGAUUGAUAUGGCAAAUCAUUUAUUUCCAUGCAAAAUUGGCCAUCGGUUGUAAUGUCAUCAUUUGCAGAUUGAGCAAUGAUGCUAUUGAUCAGAUCAGAUAAAUGUAACAUUUUAGCAAACGUAUUCAUUCCAGGGAUGUUCUGUGCUGCCAUCGUUGGGGCUUCCUCAGCAUAUACAAUUAGUUUUUUUUCCCUUCAAUUUGUAUUUUUCUGAGGGAUAAUUAAUCAUUCAUUUAAUAUGUUACUUGGAGGAGAGUUAAAUUUGAGAUCCUAACUAUGAGGCAGAUAUGCUCACCACCCUACAUCUAUGCUUCCUUAACCACAACUUUCUUCCUAUGUUUUUAUCAAAUGCAGAAUACAUUUUAUUAUUAAUUUUUAAAAAAAAUGUAGUUUGUCAUGCAGCCGGUGCUAAUUGGAGCCAAUUAGCAUCAUCACUUGUCACCUGCUAUAAGAGCUCAUGUGGUCAGUUGUCUUCAUUCACACCUGUAACAGAAGCAAUGGCUGCUCUUUGGAUCUCGGUUGCGCUGGUGCUUGCAGUUCUGAUGAACGGAGGAGAUGCUGCAGCUGUUACACCAAAUGUUAACAAUACUGCGCUUCAAAAGGAAAGCGUGCAAGAUGGGCGUUUGCUUGAGGAAGCUGUUAAACUCCUUCAUGCUUUGGAUUCUGUGUUGAAGCUGCAACGUAAAGUCAGUGACAACUCCAGCCGUGACUACCAGAACAUGAGCAUGGCCCACCAAAAAGAUUACUUCAUGCAAGAUGAGAGCUACAACAUGGGUUAUCGGAAACAGGACUCUGAUCAGGAUGAGCAUCAGAUGACCAAGGUCCACCAAAAUGAAGUCCUGCAAAACUACCAGAACAUGAGCAAUGGUCACCAGAAUGAAGCUGUGCAAAACUACCAGAACAUGAUCAAGAUCUAUCAGAAUGAAACCAUGCAAGACUACCAGAACAUGACCAAGGGCUAUCAGAAUGAAACUAUGCAAGACUACCAGAACAUGACCAAGGUCUACCAGAAGGAAGCCAUGCAAGACCAGAACCCCUUAAAUAAUAGUCGUCUGAACAUGAGCAAUGGUGACAUGAUGGAAAAUCAGAAUGACAGCAUGGACGAUGACUUGUACACAGUGUUUGUAAAUGUUUGAAGUCCUUAAUUGCAGUGAGUAACUACUGUGCGAUGGAAUAAAAACCUUUAAACAA